CCUGGCGGCCACGGGUGGAGACUGCGGCCGGGCGAGCGGCGCAGGACCGGCGGUGGCCGCGGGGCCAGGGCGAGCAUGUAGCGGCAGCGGGCGGCGCGGCGCUCCCGGGACGGGCCAGGCCGCGGGGGCCGCUCGCGGAGACAUGGAGGAAGAGGGCAAGAAGGGCAAGAAGGGCGCGCGGGGGAGGAAGGAGCCACGCCUUUCCGCCCCUUCCGGUCAGUGACUCUCCCCCAAACCUAGGCUCUCCACAUGGCCUUCCCGGCGGAGCCAGCUGUGUCCUUCAGUUGAGGAUUACUCAUCACAAGGGGCCCCAUUUCAAAAGGACAGGACUCAUCGAGCUGCCAGAGAACCAGUAGACCAGAGUGGAUUUCAUAUAAAGUGCGCAGAGGGAGGGCGAACAUCUGACCAUAUUUUUCAACCAAAUCAGAAGUGAACAGAGGAGAAUGCACAGUAACUGUCGGCAGAGGGGGAGGAACCAGAAUUCCUCCAGAGAAAUUCCUCCUCAGACAGACUUUCCGACAGGGUAUCCCAUGGAGAACGAGCCUGGAAUUGUGUCGCCGUUUAAACGAGUAUUCCUAAAAGGUGAAAAGAGUAGAGAUAAGAAAGCCCAUGAGAAGGUGACAGAGAGGCGCCCUCUGCACACUGUGGUGCUGUCCCUGCCCGAGCGCGUCGAGCCCGACAGACUGCUGAGCGACUAUAUCGAGAAGGAGGUGAAGUAUUUAGGUCAGUUAACGUCCAUACCAGGAUACCUGAAUCCUUCCAGUAGGACCGAAAUCCUGCAUUUCAUAGACAAUGCAAAGAGAGCCCACCAGCUCCCCGGACACCUGACCCAGGAGCAUGACGCUGUGAUCAGUCUGUCUGCCUACAACGUCAAGCUGGCCUGGAGGGACGGGGAGGACACCAUCCUCAGGGUCCCCAUCCAUGACAUUGCCGCCGUGUCCUACGUGCGAGAUGACGCCUCACACCUGGUGGUCCUGAAGACAGCCCAGGACCCCGGCAUCUCCCCCAGCCAGAGUUUGUGUGCAGAAAGUUCCCGAGGCCUUACCACAGGCUCCCUGUCGGAGAGUGGAGUGGGGCCUGUGGAGGCAUGCUGCCUGGUGAUCCUGGCCGCGGAGAGCAAGGUCGCCGCGGAAGAGCUGUGCUCCCUGCUUGGCCAGGUCUUCCAGAUCGUGUACACAGAGUCCACCAUUGACUUCCUGGACAGAGCCAUAUUUGAUGGGGCCUCGACACCCACCCACCACCUGUCCCUUCACAGUGAUGACUCUUCCACAAAGGUGGACAUGAAGGAGCCAUAUGAGACGGAAGCCAGCACUUUCUCCUUCCCCGAGUGUGCACAUGCAGGCGGCGUCUCGCCCUUGUCCUUCUGCAUGCAGACGGCACCCCACGCCAAGACGGUCAGCGAGAGUGAGCUGAGCGCCACGGCUGCGGAGCUGCUGCAGGACUACAUGCUCACGCUGCGCACCAAGCUGUCAUCGCAGGAGAUCCAGCAGUUUGCAGCACUGCUGCACGAGUACCGUGACGGCGCCUCAGUGCACGAGUUCUGCAUCAACCUGCGGCAGCUCUAUGGGGACAGCCGCAAGUUCCUGCUGCUCGGUCUGCGGCCCUUCAUCCCUGAGAAAGACAGCCAGCACUUCGAGAACUUCUUGGAGACCAUUGGGGUGAAGGAUGGCCGUGGGAUCAUCACGGACAGCUUCGGCAGGUACCGCCGGGCCACGAGCUCCACCUCCACCUCCACCUCCAACGGGAACAGGGCCGCGGGCAGCUCUGACGACCAGUCCGCGCCCUCGGAGGGGGAUGAGUGGGACCGCAUGAUCUCGGACAUCAGCAAUGACAUCGAGGCGCUGGGCUGCAGCAUGGAUCAGGACUCGGCCUGAUGGCGCCGGGGCCCCUGCCAGUCGCCCUCCUGGGCCCUGGACAUAGGUGGCUCUACUGUGAAGGAGGCACCCCCGUGCCGGGGCAGAAGUCAAGCUGCACCCACCUGCAUGCCACCCUGCCUCGGGAGGGGGUCCUGUCAGCCAGACCCUGGACAGCUGUCAUUUUGCACACGACGUUUCUAUUGAAACUCUCAGAGACCUUAAAAGGAGUUUACUGCAAUGUGAAUAAUUUA